UAAAUAUUUGCAAAUUCUCAAAGUGCCGAUAUUCGCGAUUAAUAUUCGCUAUUCAAAUAUUCGCACCCAACACUACAGGUGAGUAGUAACCAAAGUAAAGUAGAGAAGACUCGCGGACUCUACUCAUUCACUGGAUAUAAUAUUAUGGUAAUUUUUUAGGCUCUAAUUUCAGCUAAAAUAAAAGCAGAAGUGUGUAAUUUAUACUGACUACUGAGGGAUCCCUCUAACCACUUGCAGUGACCUACCCACGGAUGCCAUUUGGUUUCUGUAAUUUACCUGCUGUUUUUCCAUGACCCAGAGGUAAGUAGUGAAUUUAUGAGACUGGCCAGAUUCUGUACUGCAACCCUUCGCCCUGCUUUUAUUCUUCUCUAGUUCUAUAUCAUCUGGAUUGGAUCUAUUUUUUCUGGUGAUCGAUGUCUCUUCAGUUCCCCUACUUUCUUUGCAAACACCAAAAAUUUACUCUCUUCCAUUCGACUUCUUUUCCCAUAAAAAUUCUGCUGACUAGAAAAACUACUUCAUUGCAGUUUGUGAGCUACUGGCGAUGAAACUUGCCUUGGAGAAAUGGUGACACCUCUUAGAAGGAGCAGACUUUCCAGGGACUCUUUUGAAUUCAUGUGAAUCUCGAACAGUCCAGUCUACUCGAAAGCUAAAUCCAUGGAAUGAAAGCUGGACCGUCUUCUUCUCACAUAUUGUCCAGCAGAGAAGAAUCAGAGUUUUCUUUCCUAAGGCUGCUGCAUAUCUCUGAGUAUAACCACAUCCUGGCCAAUACAGAAAUUCCCCUGAGGUUCUGGAUACUGGUGGAUUAUUUCUGAAAAAUUAGCCAGUUUGUCCUGAUGUCUGCAUUACUUUCUGAUCCUUCGGUAUCUCAAACCUUUCUUAAGGAGAUUUUCCAGCUCCAUGUUCUCCCUGCAAAAGUCUUGGAUCGAGGAGUGCAAUUUGUCUCCCAAGUUCUGGAAAGUAUAAUGUAAAGCCUUGCAUAAUGCCCUACAUUUUCCUUCUGGUUACUAUGCACAGAGCAACAGUCAGACAAAGAGAAUCAGCCAGGUUCCUACAAUAUAGGAUCCACUCAGUGGAUAUCUUCUAUAUACAGUAAGAUUGACCAGUCAAGAAUGGAUAGGAACAGGGACAAGAUGGCGGAGAGUAUAAUCAAUCUCGCCCUAGAGAUCCUCUUCCUGCUUACUGGAGAGGACUACACAGUAGUGAAGAAGACCUCUAGUGAGCGCUGUCAGGCCCCUGUGUCUGAAGGACGGGGAAGAACCCUGAUACUUGAGGAAAUCAAUAGAGAGAAGAUCCUAGAACUCACCAACAAGAUGAUUGAGCUGCUGACUGGAGAGGUUCCUAUAAGGUGUCAGGACGUCACCAUCUAUUUAUCAAUGGAGGAGUGGGAGUAUUUAGAAGAACACAAAAAUCUUUACAAGGACGUCACGAUGGAGGAUCACUGGCCCCUCAUAUUACCAGUUAAGGAAGAGAUAUUAACACCUGAGAGAUGUCCCAGUCCUCUUCUUCCACAGGAUGGUUCAGAAGAACAUCACAAUGUUUAUCAGGAUUAUAAGGGUCUGAAUCCAAGUAAAGAUCUGAACAUUAUAUAUGUUACUGAGAAAUAUGAGAGGGAUGAUGAGCAGAGCAUAGAGGACAUGCCUACAGAUAACUGCCCAGAUGACUAUACCAGGAACUCAGACGAACAUCUGAUAUCUUCAGAUUUUGAAGUAUAUGAUCGUGUUUUCACAGAAGAUACAUAUGAGGAGCAUGCCAACAUCCAAGAGAUAUACUCAUUCAUUUACAAUGGAAAUGUAUCAUCUGAUCCUUUUAAACAGGUCCAGUUUUCAUCACAGAUUGUAACACAAAAUAAAAGUCACAAAAAAGCUGAACAUCAGACAACUCACAUAAGGGAGAAGCCAUUUUCAUGUUUAAAAUGUGGGAAAUGUUUUGCUGCAAAAAGAGAUCUUGAUAGCCAUCAGAGAAUUCACACAGGGGAGAAGCCAUAUUCAUGUUCAGAAUGUGGGAAAUGUUUUUCAGUAAAACAAAAUCUGGUUAGACAUCAAAUUACUCACACAGGGGAGAAGCCAUUUUCAUGUUUAGAAUGUGGGAGAUAUUUUAGAUAUGAAUCGGAACUUGUUACACAUCAGAGAAUUCAUACCGGGGAGAAUCUAUUUUCAUGUUCACAAUGUGGCAAAUGUUUUGCUGUGAAACGAAAUCUGGUCAGACAUCAAAGAACUCACACAGGGGAGAAGCCAUUUUCAUGUUCAGAAUGUGGGAAAUGUUUUGCAGAUAGAUCAAAUCUUUUUAAACAUCAGCUAAGUCACACAGGGGAGAAGCCAUUUUCAUGCUCAGAUUGUGGGAAAUGUUUUCCUGUAAAAAAAGAUCUUGUUAGACAUCAGAAAAUUCACACAGGGGAGAAACCACAUUUAUGUUCAGAAUGUGGCAAAUGUUUUGCUGCAAAAAAAGAUCUUGUUAGACAUCAGAGAAUUCACACAGGGGAGAAGCCGUAUUCAUGUUCACAGUGUGGCAAGUGUUUUACUAUAAAACAAACUUUGGUCACACAUCAAAGAACUCACACAGAGGAGAAACUAUUUUCAUGUUCAGAAUGUGGGAAAUGUUUUAACCAUAAAUCAGCUCUUGUUAUACAUAAGAGAAUCCACACAGGUGAGAAGCCAUAUUCAUGUUCAGAAUGUGGAAAAUGUUUUGCUGUUAAACAAAAUCUGGUCUCACAUGAAAGAACUCAUACACCGGAGAAGCCAUUUUCAUGUUCACAAUGUGGGAAAUGUUUUAGGCAGAAAUCCGAACUUGCUAAACAUGAGAGAAUCCACAGAGGGGAGAAGCCAUUUUCAUGUUCAGAAUGUGGCAAAUGUUUUGCUGAAAAACAAAUAUUGGUUACGCAUCAAAAAACUCACACAGGAGGGAAACCAUUUUCAUGUUCAGAAUGUGGAAAAUGUUUUGCACAUAAAUCAUAUCUUUUUAAACAUCAACAAAGUCACACAGGGAGGAACCUAUUUUCAUGCUCAGAAUGUGGGAAAUGCUUUACAGAUAAAUCAUACCUUGUAAUACAUCAAAGGAUUCACACAGGUGAAAAGCCAUUUUCAUGUUCAGAAUGUGGGAAAUGUUUUGCUGGAAAACAAAGUCUGGUCAGACACCAAAGAACUCAUACAGGAGAGAAGCCUUUCUCUUGUUCAGAAUGUGGAAAAUGUUUUGCUUUAAAAACAACUCUGGUCAUACAUCAAAGAAUUCACACAGGGGGGGAACUAUUUUCAUGUUCAGAAUGUGGGAAAUGUUUUUACCAUAAAUCAACUCUUGUUACACAUCAGAAAAUCCACAAAGGGGAGAUGCCAUUUUCAUGUUCAGAAUGUGGGAAAUGUUUUGCUGUUAAACAAACUCUGGUCUCACAUUACAGAACUCAUACACAGGAGAAGCCAUAUCUGUGUUCCGAAUGUGGGAAAUGUUUUAGACAGAAAUCAGAUCUUGUUAAACAUGAGAGAAUCCACACUGGGGAGAAGCCAUAUUCAUGUUCAGAAUGUGGUAAAUGUUUUGCUAAAAAAUAUGCCCUGGUUACACAUCAAAGAACUCACACAGGCGAGAAGCCAUUUUCAUGAUCAGAAUGUGGGAAAUGCUUUAUAAAUAAAUCAUACCUUGUCAUACAUCAAAGAACUCACACAGGCGAGAAGCCAUAUGCUCAUAAUGUGGGAAACAUUUUGGACAUAAAUCAUAUCUUGUUACACAUCAGAGAGUUCACACAGGAGAGAAGCCGUAUUCAUGUUCAGCAUGUGGGAAAUGUUUUGUCCAGCGAUCAAAUCUUAUUAAGCAUAAAAAAACUCAUACAUUUCAUUUCUUUACUGUCAAUACAUUAAGUAGAAACUAAAAUAUAGAAUAGUACACACAUGGUAAAUCACAUCAAAUACAAGAAUAGGGGGAAGCAAUUUUCAACACUAGAUGAUAGUUAAAAAAUAUGUAAAUACCAGAAAUACCUUCUUUUAUAAAAAAAAAACAACAACACAGAAUUUAGAUUACAUACCUAUAUAUUAACCCUGUGAGUGCAAUAUUAAUGUAUAUAACUGUGCCAUAUAUUUAAGUAGUGAAUUAGUGGUGAGUUAAUGUUUGGAACAUACUUUUGUAUUAAUGAAACAAAACAAGUUUACAACUGGCCUCUGCCAAAAUGUCUGCAUAAGGGCACCAGCUAAAACCGCAAACAUAAUUGACAUGUGAAUUUGGAAAAAGUCUGCAAAGUGUACACAAGAUUUGUGUAAUCUCAUAAACUAUGCUGGUACUGUUCUACUCUGCGGUUUUUCCACACUGGAAUCUGCGUGGAAAAUACCAGAAUAGGUCAAGAUUCAGUCGUUCUCUACUCGCAUCGCAUCCUGAUAGAAAACUCACUUGUGUCAAACAGCCCUAGCCUUUUUUAGACAAUUAUUUUGUGGACGCUACAGCCAGCGGAUUGUCUUCCUCUGUAACAGGACAGUUAGUAUGUUCAUCCACGAUCCUCCAGGAAUACGACAGCUACGGAUCAGGUCAGUUUUUCGAUGUUUGAACAUACUAUUUUCCUUGUAAGUCUUCUUGGGGAAAACAAUACCAUUAAUGAUGAAUUAUACUCAGAUAAUGGUAUAUCCUCUAGUGCGACAAAAUACAGGCUCCACCAAUGGUUGGAUUUUAAAAGGUAUAUAGGAGCAUGAUUACUUUCUGUAUAUUGCCUUUCGUUGGUAAAAGGUUGUCCGCAGCCCGUAAAUAUCAUUUUCUUUAGGUAAACCCUUGUAUUAAGCAGAUGGGGAAACGUUCUGUCCUUUGUUCUUGAGUCUUAAAACUUGUUACAAAUCACUAAUAAACA